AUGGCCGCUUUUUGUCUAGCUUGUGGUGAUGAUGUGAAUGUGAUUAAGGGAUCUAGAGCAGUUGCUAGCCAGGUAUCAGUGAUUUUGAAGCGUUAUCUAACUAGAAGGUGCCAGGAACUCAACAUGGAUAUUGAUCUCAACUCGCUUAUAGACCAAUCUCACUGUUGCGUCUGGACCUGGUACAAUCCAUAUAGUGGUCUGAAUUCGUAUAAUUCACCUACUCAUUCUCCUACUCUUUUGUAUUCGUAUAAUUCACCUACUCAUUCGCCUUCUCAUUCGUAUUCGUAUAAUUCACCUACUCAUUUGCCUUCUCAUUCGUAUUCGUAUAAUUCACCUACUCAUUCGCCUUCUCAUUCGUAUUCGUAUAAUUCACCUACUCAUUCGCCUUCUCAUUCGUAUUCGUAUAAUUCACCUACUCAUUUGCCUAUUCAUUUGUAUUCGCAUAAUCCAUCGCCUAUUCAUUUGUAUUCGUAUAAUUUACCUACUCAUUUGCCUUCUCAUUCGUAUUCGCAUAAUUCACCUACUCAUUUGCCUUCUCAUUUGUAUUCGUAUAAUUCACCUACUCAUUCGUCUUCUCAUUUGUAUUCGUAUAAUUCACCUACUCAUUUGCCUAUUCAUUUGUAUUCGCAUAAUCCAUCGCCUAUUCAUUUGUAUUCGUAUAAUUCACCUACUCAUUCGCCUUCUCAUUCGUAUUCGUAUAAUUCACCUACUCAUUCGCCUUCUCAUUUGCCAUUCGUAUAA